GCGCGUGGGCAUACCCAAUCAGGAAGUAACAUUUGACGCUAACAACGUCGCACUCCACCCCUCACCAAGCUCACCGUACCGCACCUCUUGCAAGACAACCGAUCAAAUCGCGGCCACUCCGGGGCCACAGCAAUGUGGGUGCAAGAUGUCGAAAUACAUAUCGUGUAUGGCGACGAGCGUACAGCUCGGUUCCAAAAGGUUCCCCGACAGUCAUGAACGACCACAAAUCAAAGCAUGGCGAUGUGAUUUGACUGCUUUGUCUCGAAGUCACAACCUCUACUUCGUAGCCUGUAACGACACUAUCCAUGUCUACCAACCCAAGUUCCCGGAUCAGUCGAUACGAGGCGAACCAGAGUUGUUACUACACCCACCCACAUCAUCGCCAUUUCUACAGCCUGGGAUCGACUACGAAGACUCACAUUCGAUUACAAGACUUCAUGUAGACUACCUUGGCCAAGACGAGAUCAUUCUCAUCACCUGCGAUGAUGGCGAUGUGAUCGGGUACCGCACCGAGGAAAUUCAGCGUGUGCUCGACAAGCGGACGGAGAUAUCAGACGACGAAAGCGAUUUCCAGAUCGAAGAGACCGUGAGAACUUUCCUCCACCGUAACGUUGGUGCCAGCGCCUGGGGCUUGGCCAUCCACCGGGAAGCACGGAUGAUCGCGAUCAGCGCAAACACCCACAAAAUCACCGUUAUCGCUUAUGCAUUGGCGCAACCAAACAAGACCCCAGACGGCUCCUCUGUUGAUUCAUCUGACUCGGAGCUCGAAGACUGUUCCGGUGAAGAAGAUCCAGCAGACUUUCCCUCCCCACGACGGCAAGACCAUGUCAUAACACUCUCUGCACGACACAACAUCCCUUCAGUCUCGUUCAACGACAGCGGUGAUGACCCGUCAGGGCGGUGGCUCUCAAGUUGCUCGAUCAACGGCGAAACCUUGCUAUGGGACCUGUACAACCCAGCCAAGCCUGUUCGAACCAUUCAGCUCGGCUUCUGCGCGAGUGUCAAGGACCCCACCAAGGCACCGAAGCUCAGUCCCGGCAGCUGCGCAUGUUUAAGACCCAGCAAUUUUCCACACGCAAUCUGGAGUACCAUGUUUCUACAGGCGAGCACUGCGUACGAAGACCCGUCAUUGCAAGACUCGACGUUACCCUCUGAUCACCCUCUUCCCUAUAUCGAGGACGUUAGUGGGUGUAAGAAUCGAUUUUCCGUCAAACCGCGUAAGACUCCUCCUGCGGUGAUAGCCCUUCCCAACGACGGCUUGUCAGGUGUUGGAUCGAGUGAAAUGGACGUGUCAGGGACCGAGUCGGUCGCUUCCGAUGACAGCGAAUCUCAACCGUCGUCACCACAACCUACCGGCAUUGAACAAUCCCAGCAGUCAAACGAAGCGGAGGCAGCACCAGAUGCACUCACUGGGGAAUCGGAUGCGGAUCAGCUGCCUCAAGAGCCAAUUCAAUCAUUAGAAAACACUCUUGGUGCCCCUGCUGACGAUGGAGGCACGUCCCACAAUACACCUGCGCCAUUCUCACCACCUCCUCAAAUACCCAGUACUGUCAUCAAUACUCUCGGUGUGUGGUUCCAGCCUCCGAAUCAAAGUACCGCGACCAUCGUGUGGGACGAUGAUGGCAGUGGGACAGAUGAUGAACUGUUCAUACCGUCAACUGCGCAAGCUCACAUGGCCUUUGCGAACGCGAUUCGACCGACCCGGGCGUACUGCGAAGUUACGACAGCCUUCACCUUGGCAAGACAGUCUCAAAUCACUUCACCGCUUCUGAUAGUCACGAAAGAGGACAUAUACCUCUAUCAAAGGCCCCUCGACUAUGUUGGUGACCACUCAGAUCCUAUCGUCACCAUUCGCCGACCCCUACACCCAUCUGAGCGAGAGAAGCCGUUCCCAUUCAUCCCCGGAUCUCAUGAUAGACAUUGCUACACAACUCACAUACCCGAACUGGGCGUCUUCAUCAUUGCCUCACCAAACGGCCGCGCCGGCAUCUUUGCUCUGACGAGAACGAACUCCAAGAAUCAGGCUCGGCCUUUGUAUAGCUUCCACCUCGAAUACGUCUUACCAUUUGUGAAUGAUGACGAGAACAAAGUUUGGGAUGUCGAAGGCGCGAGGCUAAUCGGUGUUGCGGCUGGGCCGGUCCAAUGUAUGCUGGAUAGGUCAGACGAGCUUAAUGAUGACGAUGAGGAUGUUGUUCGAGAGGAUACAAAGCUUGGCACGCGGAGGUGGAGAGUAAUGAUGUAUUUCACGGAUCACACCGUUUUGGCGUUUGAGCUGGGGAAGCGGAGGGUGAGCGAGACACCGGAGGUUGGCGAAUUGGUUGUAUAGGUUCUAUGGAGACGCGUUCGGGGUACAUUUGCAGACUUGGAGUGCGUUGAAAGGUUGUAUUGGUUUGUAUUCUGCUGUAUUCUAUCAUUACAUUUCCCCUUCUCGUUCAGCACCAACCAG